CGUGUUGACGGAUGCGUGAGAAGAAAACGCUACCUCAGCGCCGCGUCUUGAAUCGCGCGCGAACCCCAGCUAGGACCUGCAAGGUUAGGAGCUCAGAGCUGGUGGUCACUUUCCUUCACCGUAGUGAUGAAGGAACGUUUUUGAAACUCCAGUAUCUGCCAAAGUGGGGCUUAAAAAACUAACGGUCCCCCGCAUACGUGCGCACUCCACGCCUCUCGGAAUUCCACCCGUUCUCCGGAGCGGACACUGCUACUGCUGCGUCCGCUUCUGACGGCACCGUCUGUCUACAGGCCAGGAGCCGCUGGGGUGCGCACGGCCCCAGGCUCCUGGAGGCGUCGCGCGGCACUGACGUACUGGAUGCGCGCCACAGGCGGGAACGGCGUGGGCCAUGGCCUGUCGCGGGGAAGCGCUGGCCCCGCGCCCUUCCUUCUGAGGUGACGCAGCGGAGCCCGCAGAGAGCCACGGAACAGCACGCUGUCUGCCCGGGGUCGGCAUUGUCUCAAUCGCCGCCUCCAUCCCAGAGCGGCCGCAGCUGGCUGGCGCUGUGCCUCCGGGACUGAGCCGCCGCGGGGAGGUGCGCCGAGUGCUGCCGACCGCCUUCGGCUCUUUCCGCCACUCGCGCGCCUCGGGCGGCCUCGGUGGUGAGUAGCUCUUCCUCUGCGGCUUCCGCCUCCCAGGCGCGGCGUUGUCCUGACAACGCGGACGGCGCAAAGGCUACGGUCAGGUUUCAGCCCAGCCAGAUCUGUGUUUCAUCAUGGCCCUCUACUUUGACCAUCGAAUCAAAGCCCCAGAAGCAGUUGGGUCCCCUUCCCACAUCAGUUGGCACCCUGUUCAUCCGAUCUUGGGGGUCGCCUCCCUGAGUACAACCUCAGGGGGUGUUGUGGAUAUCUAUCUGGAACAGGGUGAGCAUGUGCCAGAUACUCAUGUUGAGAAGUCCUUCCAGGUCACUUCCCUGUGCUGGCACCCAACACGGCCAAUUCUGGCUAUUGGCUGGGAAACUGGAGAAGUGACUGUGUUUAACAAGCAGGACAAGGAGCAGCAUGCAGUGCCUCUAACACACACUGCAGAUAUCACCAUUCUCAGGUGGAGCACCAGUGGGAGCUGCCUUGUUUCUGGGGACAGGCUUGGUGUCCUGCUCCUCUGGAGGUUGGAUCAAAGGGGUCGAGUACAAGGCACGCCCUUGCUGAAGCACGAAUAUGGAAAGCACCUCACUCAUUGCAUUUUCCGGCUCCCCCCACCCGGCGAGGACCUGGUUCAGUUGGCAAAGGCAGCAGUGAGUGGCGAUGAGAAAGCCUUGGACAUGUUUAACUGGAGAAAAAGCGGCUUUGGAAGUUUCCUGAAGAUGGGGUCUCAAGAGGGCCUGUCAUUCUUUGUCAGUCUGAUGGAUGGGACAGUUCACUACGUGGAUGAGAAAGGCAAGACCUCCCAGGUGGCAUCCACAGACAGCUCCAUCCAGAUGCUGUUCUACAUUGAGAAGAGGGAGGCACUGGCAGUGGUCACAGAGAACCUUCUGUUGUUCCUGUUUAUGGUGACACCUGAGGGCGAAGCUGAUGAGGUGAUGAAGGUGAAGCUAAGUGGGAAAAGGGGUCGCCAGGCAGACAUCGCUUUGAUUGAGGGCAGUCUUCUCGUGAUAGCCACAGGGGAAGCAGUUCUCAGAUUCUGGGACUUGGAACGAGGAGAGAAUUACAUACUGUGUCCAGAGGAGAAGUUUGGCUUUGAAAAAGGAGAGAAUAUAAAUUGUGUGUGUUACUGUAAAGCCAAAGGUCUUCUGGCAGCUGGUACUGAUAAAGGGCGAGUAGCCAUGUGGAGAAAAGUACCAGGCUCCUGGAGCAGCCGAGGGGUAGAGGGCAAGGACAUGUGGACCCUUCAAACCCCUACUGAGCUUGAGGGAAGCAUCACACAGAUAAAGUGGGGCUCCAGGAAGAACCUGCUGGCAGUGAACAAUGUCAGCUCUGUGGCAAUCCUCAGUGAGCAGGCCAUGUCAUCGCACUUCCAUCAGCAAGUGGCUGCCAUUCAAGUCUCUCCAACCUCAGUCAAUGUGUCUUUCCUGUCCACUGGGGCAACACACAGCCUGCGCACAGACAUGCACAUCAGUGGAGUGUUCGCCACCAAGGAUGCUGUGGCUGUCUGGAAUGGAAAGCAGGUGGUGAUAUUUGAGCCUUCUGGAGCCGUGUUACGGAAUGCAGGGGCCUUCCUGUGUGAGUCCCCAGUGGUCGCCAUGUAUGAGGACAGCGUUUAUACAGUGGAGCCAAAUCGAGUUCAGGUUCGGACCUGGCAGGGGACUGUCAAACAACUCCUGCUGUUCUCUGAAACAGAGGGAAACCCGUGCCUCCUGGACAUCUGUGGGAAUUUCCUGGUUGUAGGGACAGACUCCGCUCACUUUAAAAGCUUUGAUCUUUCCCGAAGAGAGGCAAAGGCCUACUGCAGCUGCAAAAACCUGGCCGAAGUGAUCCCUGGGGUGGGGGCCAUCGCUUCUCUCAGGUGCAACGCCAGCGGGAACAAGAUCAGUAUCCUCCUCAACAAGGUUGACAACAGCCCCGAUUCCAAAAUCUGCUUCUAUGAUGUUGAAAUGGACACAGUGACUGUCUUCGACUUCAAGGCCGGACAGAUUGAUCAGAGAGAGUCGCUGUCCUUUAAUGGACAAGAGACUAACAAGAGCCACAUUUUUGCAGAUGAAAGGCUGACAAAUCAUGUUCCCGUGAGUCAUUUCUGGGAUCAGAGCGAGCCCAGGCUUUUCGUGUGUGAGGUCGUGCAGGAGGUGCUGGGACCCCAACCACAGGCUGCAGACAAGCAGCCCCUCACUCAGGACAGCGCCAGCCCCACGGAGGACGUCUUGGUUCUGUCCUUCUUCAUUUCCGAAGAGCAUGGCUUCCUGCUGUAUGAGAGUUUCCCCCGGCCUCCCGCCUACCAAGUGCUGGUGGGGAUGGAAGUGCCCCAUUAUUACUUCACAAGAAAGCCUGGUGAAGAAGACAGAGAAGACAGGGUGAAUUCUGGGCACCACCAUGUCCCCCAGAUGGUGGCCAAGAGACCCCUGCGAGACUUUGUGGGGCUGGAGGACUGUGACAAGCCCACUCGGGAUGCCAUGCUCAACUUCAGCUUCUUUAUCACUGUUGGAGACAUGGAUGAAGCUUUCAAGUCUAUCAAGCUCAUUAAAAGCGAGACUGUAUGGGAGAACAUGGCACGCAUGUGUGUGAAGACCCAGCGGCUGGACGUUGCCAAGGUGUGCCUGGGAAACAUGGGCCAUGCCCGUGGGGCCCGAGCAUUGCGGGAGGCUGAGCGGGAGCCAGAGCUGGAGGCUAGAGUGGCCAUGCUGGCCAUACAACUGGGCAUGCUGGAGGAGGCCGAGCAGCUGUAUAAGGAGUGCCAGCGCUACGAUCUCCUGAACAGGCUCUACCAGGCCUCUGGCCAGUGGCAGAACGCCGUGGCUGUGGCUGAGCUACACGACCGCAUCCACCUGCGCACCACUUGCUACAACUACGCCAAGCACCUGGAGGCCAGCGCUGACCGCGGCCUGGCCCUCAGCUACUACGAGAAGUCUGACACCCACCGUUUCGAGGUGCCCAGGAUGCUCUCUGAAGACCUGCAGUCCUUGGAGCUCUACAUUAAUAAGAUGAAGGACAAGACGCUGUGGAGGUGGUGGGCCCAGUACUUGGAGAGCCAGGCAGAGAUGGAUGCUGCCCUGCGCUACUACGAACUAGCUCAGGACUACUUCUCCCUGGUCCGCAUCCACUGCUUCCAGGGCAACAUCCAGAAGGCUGCCGAAAUAGCCAACGAGACUGGAAACUGGGCAGCGUCUUAUCACCUCGCCCGGCAGUAUGAGAGUCAGGAGGAGGUGAAGCAGGCGGUGCAUUUCUACACGCGGGCACAGGCCUUCAACAAUGCCAUCCGCCUAUGCAAGGAGAAUGGCUUGGAUGACCAGCUCAUGAACUUGGCCCUGUUGAGCUCUCCGGAGGACAUGAUUGAGGCAGCUCGUUACUAUGAGGAGAAGGGCAAGCAGAUGGACAGGGCAGUCAUGCUGUACCACAAGGCUGGCCACUUCUCCAAGGCCCUGGAGUUGGCCUUCACCACCCAGCAGUUUGCAGCCUUGCAACUCAUAGCAGAGGACCUGGAUGAGAAUUCAGACCCCGCCCUCCUGGCCCGAUGCUCUGACUUCUGCAUUGAACACAGGCAGUUUGAGAAAGCAGUGGAACUGCUGCUGGCUGCCAAGAAGUAUCAUGAGGCUCUGCAGCUGUGCCUAGAACAGAAUAUGAUCAUCACUGAAGAGAUGGCUGAGAAGAUGACUGUGUCCAAGGACUCUAAGGACCUGUCUGAGGAGUCCCGGCGUGAGCUGCUGGAGCAGAUAGCCAACUGCUGCAUGCGUCAGGGCAACUACCACCUGGCCACCAAGAAGUAUACACAGGCCGGGAGCAAGCUGAAGGCCAUGAGAGCACUGCUCAAGUCUGGAGACACGGAGAAGAUCGUGUUCUUUGCAGGCGUCUCCAGGCAGAAGGAAAUCUACAUCAUGGCUGCCAACUAUCUGCAGUCCCUGGACUGGCGGAAGGAGCCGGAGAUAAUGAAGAAUAUCAUCAGCUUCUAUACAAAGGGGCGGGCCCUGGACCUCCUAGCUGGCUUCUAUGAUGCCUGUGCCCAGGUGGAGAUUGAUGAGUACCAGAACUACGAGAAGGCCCACGGGGCACUGACUGAGGCCUACAAGUGCCUAUCCAAGGCCAAGGCCAAGAGCCCUCUGGACCAGGAGACCAAGUUGGCCCAGCUGCAGAGCAAGAUGGCAUUGGUGAAGAGGUUCAUCCAGGCCCGCAGGACCUACACGGAGGACCCCCAGGAGUCCAUCAGGCAGUGUGAGCUGCUCCUGGAGGAGCCCGACCUAGACAGCACUGUCCGCAUUGGGGACGUCUGCAGCUUCCUGGUGGAACACUACGUGCAGGGGGAGGAGUUCCAGAUGGCCUACAGGUACCUCGAGGAGAUGCGCAAGAGACUUCCUUCUGCCAACAUGUCCUACUACGUGGACCAGCAGACAGUGGAUGCCGUGCAUCAGGGCCUGGGACUCCCUCUGACACGUGUGGUGCCUGAGCGGAUCCGCCACAACAGCAUCGAGGACCACGAUGAGGUGGUAGAGGAGGUAGAGAACGGCCCCUGAUGGGCCUUGGCCAUUGUCCUGCUGCUGAGAUCUGCUUCUGGAAUUUCCAGUCUCUAGUCAUCUCUUUUUUGUAGGGGGAAAAAAAACUUGUUCAUAUCAUAACAAGUAAGCAGGGCCCAGCCCACAGUGUGCAGAGGACUGCCUGUAUCCCUAAGUCUUCCCUUGGUGUUCCUGCCUCAGGGCACUUGGCAGCUUCGGUGGUGUUUUAGUUUAAUUCCUUUUAAAGGAGCUGGAUUCAGCUUUCCCAGGUUCUCCCGACUACCAGUUGUGGAGUGGAAGGAACUUGUAGAACUUGGUGCACUGAGGCUGCACCUGGGUCUUGGAGAUGCCCAUCACUGCUAAUCACACCCACACCCAGAUGGCUCCAGGAUGAUUCAGCAGGGACCACUGUGGCCAGGCCCAAGUCCUGUCGGUCACACCUACCACCAGAUGUUGACAUUCCUACAACUCCAAUAAAGCCUACUUUCUCAGAGGCCUAGGCCCCUUCCACCCCU